AGGAUGUUGAUUGGAAUGUGACGCAGGCGUAGUGAGCGGCAUGCGAGGCGAGCGCUUCCCGCGGUGUGCGGCCUCGCUCGCCGCGCUCAUCGCAUUCGCGCUGCUACCACUCUGUCUCGCUUCCACAUCUAAGGGUGGCUACUACGACCCAUGCUCGACGACAGCAGACUGCAACUUCACGGACUCCGUAUGCGAUCAGCGGCAGAAACUGUGCGUUUGUCAUCCUGACGUGCCCAUCUCCAACCACGUCGAUAAGUGUGGGAAGCCGGCAUCAAUAAACGAGACGUGCGCUUUCAACGAACAAUGCGAGGACGUGGACUUCAAGACGGAAUGUCGCAACGAAAAAUGCGUUUGCAAGUUCGAGAUGGUGCCAGAGAUGAAUGCGGAUGGUGUUGUCGUCUGCACACCGGAGAAGGAGCCAGAUAUAUCGACAAAAACAAUCGACCCAGCAAUGAUCGGCGUACUUGUGGGCAUGGCUCUGAUGUUUGUCAUCAUUUGCGUUGUGUUACGGCUGUUUAGCAGAGCAAGAUGGCGGGAAAACCGUACCAUUUUCAACACUCCGAACCCUCGUCUGAUGAAUGUGUCGCUGUUGAGAGACUCCAAGUUGUUGCACACCCAGCAUUUCCAGGAUCGGCGCGGGUCCAGGGUGAGCAUGCGACCACCAUCGCGCCAAGCCAGUCAGCAGGAGUUGAGGCCACAUUCGCCGAGUCCAGCACGCCACCAUCAAAGCCAUCAGUUACACCGAAAGUCUUCAGGAUCACGCCGUGGGUCAAGAGCGAGUAGUGGACAUUCAGCAACGUCAUUGAGAUCAGCUACUCUCCGUUCACCAACUGCACCCGGACCUACGUCGGUUACUGUCGAAAUACGCGCUCCAGACGCAUAAUAAACGGAUAUGGAAAUUGAAAAGAAUGCUAUCAAAAUGAUGACAAAAAAUUGGAAUGCUUCAAAGCAUACGUAAAAAAAGUAUGGUUAAAAAUUGAAAGUCUGUAUAACACCCGAACAUGAUUAUUGUAGCAUUCAGUCCAGUUACAAUAUUUGUGAUAAUGAUAACCAAUCGUCAAACUAGGCUUACUUUCAUCCAUAUAGCGGUAUCAUGCACUAGUAUAUCUGUCAUAAUCAGCCACUUAAAAAGUGCCUCUAAAUCAAAAUGUUUAUCUUUCAUCAAAUAAAUUAUAAAAUCAAAUAUAAAUUCACACAAAAUUAGAUUUAAAUCAGAAUUACUAUAUCUAUACUAGCAUGUAUUCACACGAUUCAGAUAAUAAAUCACUUUAGAAGUAGAGCACAGUUCAACGAUAUUCAUAGUUUAAUACAUAGAUUUAAUUAUAGUGAGAUUUAGCUUUUUUAGCACUAGAAAAAAAAAACCGCUUUUUGGCAACUUAGACGUUAGAUAAUUUUAUUAAGUCGUUUUAUCAAUUAGAUAAGUACAUUGUUUCUAAUUAUCUUUCUUCUUUUCAAAGUUUCCCUUUGUAAAAGCUAGAUUUCGUGAUCCCUGCCUUAGGAUUAUAACUAAAACUAACUUUUAAGCGAAAAAUUUAUUUACGGGGACCAUCUCCUGAAUAGGAGUGUUCUGAAUUUUGAAUAGACAUGAAAUAUAGAAGAAGGGAAGCUUUUGCUGCAUUCUAUAAUUAAAUGAAAUAAAUAUAAGACUUUCUAAAUAACUUAGCUGUAAAUUGAGAGUGAAUGGUGGCUUUCUUAACUAUGAGAGAGAGUUGUGAAUCGAGGAUAAGAUUUAUGUUCUAGUAUUCUUCAUAGGUAUUUCUAUGAAUGUGUAAAACGGGGAAAUUUACACAAUUAUCUAUAAGUUAUUGCACAUCAGGAGCUUCGACCAAGUUUUGCAAAACGCACAAACCGAUCUAGUUAGGGACCUAUCGUGUAAUUUCUUGCAACUUUAAAGCGUGUUAAAGCAAAAUUAACCUAAAAAAUGUACGGGAUAUACUACAAUUAAGGGGAAAAAUUGAAGUAUAGAUCGUGAUUCUAAUUUGGGAUAAAUUUUUAAUGAAGUAAGCUAUUAUAACUUAACCAAUGCUCACGUCAAAGCAAGCAUUUCGUACACUGUGCUAGUAACAAACCUACUAACAAUUUAUGCUGUAAUUUAAUUAUAUAAACUUUUAUUAUAACUUAUACUUCCGAA